GCACGCUCUUAGCUUAAAGCCCAACUCCCCGUUCCUAAACCCUAAUAACGCUCAGUCUCCUCUCUCAAGGAUUGUACUUUGCUCUCUCUUUAGUUCCCCCAUACGACUAUGGCGAUGGCUUCCUUAGAUGAAGAAACCUCCAAGAAAGUACUUCGACAGGUCGAGUUCUACUUUGGUGAUAGCAAUCUUCCGAGAGAUAAUUUUCUCAAAAAAACCAUUAGCGAAAGCGAAGAUGGAAUGGUUAAUCUGGCAUUGAUAUGUUCGUUUACCCGAAUGAGAACACAUCUCGAUUUGGGGGAUGUGAAGCCAGACAAUGUGGCUGAAGAUACAGUGAAGGCUGUGGCCGAAACUCUUAAAAAGUCCACUUUCCUAAAGAUCUCUGAAGAUGGUAAAAAAGUUGGUAGGACUACUGAACUGUUGAAACCAGAGGAGUUAAUAGAGCAAUUGGAUGGUAGGACAGUGGCUGCAUCACCCUUUGAGCACAAUACCAAGCAGGAAGAUGUGGAGGCUUUCUUUGGGCAAUUUGCCAAGGUUAACAGUGUGAGGCUUCCUCGUCAUGUUGCUGACAAGAGGUUUUUUUGUGGCAAGGCUUUGGUUGAGUUUUCAAAUGAGGAAGAUGCUGAAAAGAUUUUGAAGCAAAGUUUUGAUUAUGCAGGUGUUAAGUUAGACCUAAAACCAAAGAAGGAUUUUGAUGCCGAAAGAGAGAAAGAAAUGGAGGAUUUUGGGAGAAAUCGUUCCCUUACAAGUUCAAAAGGCAAGAAUUCCUCAAACACGGAAGCAAGUUAUCCAAAAGGCUUAAUUGUUGCAUUCGCAUUAAAGAGGAACUCAGCUGAAGGUUCUGCAGAACACAAUGGCACUGAUGAGCCAGCAAAUGAUAGCACGAAUGCUUGCAGUACUGGUGGAGAUAAUGCCACUGAAGAUGUUAAAACAGACAACAAAGAAGAAAAAGUUCCAGUGGAGGGUGUUGAUAAUAAAGUUGAUUUGGGGGGUGAUGGAAAGGAAACUAAAGACGGAGAAAAGGAGUCUGAGGUUCCUGUUGCAGAGAGUAAAGAGAAAGAAGAAAAGUCUAAUGCUGCUGCUACCUUCAAAGAUAACAUGGAUGUAAUUAUGCGAGAAGACCUGAAGGCUGUUUUUGGAAAGUUUGGCACUGUCAAGUACGUGGAUUUCAAGAUGGGAGAAGAAUCAGGAUAUGUUCGAUUCGAAGAACCUGAAGCAGUACAGAAAGCUCGUGCUGCAGCUGUUCUGGCUGAACAAGGUGGUCUGGUUGUGAAGAACUUCAUUGCAACUCUAGAUCCAGUCACUGGUGAUGCUGAAAAGGAUUAUUGGAGCUUACUCCUCCGUGGUAAUCAAGACAAACGGGAUUUUAAAGGCAACCGUGGAAGGGGAGGUAAACACAAUAGAGGCUGGAAACAUGGCCGCUCAAGAGACAAUGAUGCAUCAGGUGGUCGCUCAGCUAAAGCUCAGAAAGCAAAUUGAGAAAAUAUCUAUAAAUGUUAGUUUUUGUGAUGAAUUUUGUUCGAAGCUUACAGAGAAUUGUGUGGCGAUUGAGAGCUCUAUGCUCUUAUGGCUUGGUGGUCUGUAAAGCUCCAGUUUGUGUUAUGAACGGUAACAGUAGCGCAUUUGUAACUUAAUAAACUUUUAAGUUAUUAAUGAGGGAAAGGGUAUUAUUUUAUUA